UUGUCAAUAAGUGUGAGAAUCAUGAAAAAUAUUUCCAUGAUAAAAACAAACAAAAGCAUUAUACUUAUUUUAAGUUUUUCAAUGUUGUGCAAAUAAAUAUCUGUUUACAUGUUAAAGAAAACUAACUUAGGAUUAUGUAGUGCUAUUUAAACAUAAAGACUAGAUGCACCAAAAUAUCAGCAUGAAGACAUGCCGGUUCUAUUCCUCAUAAGAGUGACUAGCAAAUAGUUUUGUUAAAAAAAGGCGCAUGAACUUUAUAUCAUUAGUCUCUUACCAUGUCUUCCAUAUACGAGAUUUCAGAUGAUGACGAUAGUUUCAGUGAACCUCAAAAUCUUGGGAAAAAGGAAUUAUCAAGUGGUGAAACGACUGUCAUACUUAGUGAUGAAGAAAACGCCGAAAUAUCAAUUUUAACAGAAGAAAUCUUUUCUUCUGACGAUGAGGUCUUACCUGUCGUUGAAUUGAGAAACCGAAGAGCCGAAGUUGUAAAGAAAUUAUUUCCCACAAACAAUUUAAGAGAUAAGCCAAAACAAAAUCAAAGUUCUCACCCUUUAAAGUUCAAGGAUCUCACUCCCAAACCAAAUUAUUCAUAUGAUUCAAACAAAAAAGUUGAUUCUUUACCUGGACCAUCUACAUCAUUUAUGUCUCCGAUGAAGCCUAAGAAGCCUGGAUAUGACAAAAUGAUUGGUGGUGUGACAGUCAAUAUGCCUGUUGAACCCUAUGGGUGCCAAAUAGCUCUUAUGUCCAAGGUGAUAACUGCAAUAAAAACGAAACAAAACUGCUUACUGGAGAGCCCAACAGGGACCGGGAAAACUUUAGCUCUGCUGUGUAGCGCUUUAGCCUGGCAACACUCGGAAAGCAGUCGGCUAGCCGCGUUGACGGCGCAAGAGUACUUCUCUCGCCAUCCCGAGCUGGGCUUGGUGGAAGGAGCCGCUACGGUAAUCGGAAGCCCAGAAAAGGUGCCCUUCGAGAACUUCACCAGGACUGUGUUCGGUGAAAAAAGCAUUUACGACAAACCCAACGAGACGUAUGGACGUGGCGGCGGUGACGGUGCGCAAACUCAAUGGUUCCAAAAAGAGUCUCCAACGGACAUGGUUAAAAUACACCCGAAACGACAGAAGCUGAAUCCUGAGGGCGAAGGAUCAAGCACCCCGCUCAAAUGCAAGUUCACUCCGCCGACCACGCCGACCAAAACUGUCGAACAACCGGCGCCGGAGACACCGCAACAAGUUAGACAUCUGUACAGCCUGAUUUCACGUCUGCAACUCUGGACAAGCACCCUUGUUUAUUGCAGCACCCCCACCAUCUACUACGGCGCGAGGACUCACAAACAGCUCCAACAAGUCAUAAAGGAGUUUAAGAGGACCUCGUACUGUGGGGAUGCGAAGAUGAGUCUACUGUCUAGUAGAGAGUAUAGCUGCAUAAGAGAGUACGACCGCGCGCAGUGGACCUCUAAGAAUGAUAUGUGCAGGGAAUGUAUCAAGACGUCUUCAAAAGGCGAUAGCAACUGUAAGUACUACGACAACCGUGAAGCUCUUGACCACGAGAAACUCCCACCGGCCUUCGACCUGGAGGACCUGGUCAACGCUGGCCACGAGAAAGCGGCGUGUCCAUACUUCGCAGCCAAGAUUAUGGCCAGAUUCGCGCAAAUCGUCUUCUGCCCGUACAAUUAUCUAAUCGAGCCGAGUAUUAGAAGUAGUAUGCAAAUCGAUUUGAGGAACAACAUACUGAUAAUAGACGAGGCUCAUAAUAUAGAGGACAUCUGCCGCGACGCCGCCUCUCUAAGCUUCUCCAGGGACCACGUGCUAAACGCUUUGAAGGAACUGGAUAAAGUGUCCGAAUAUAGAUACCAGAACAAAGAAAAUCAGGAUUAUGUGGAGAAACUUGUGAAGACUCUCAGAAAUUGGGAUUACUGGUUUACGAACCAGUCUCAACUGCUGGCUGGCAAAGCCGUGAACAACAACGAGGUGGACCACAUCUGGCAGCCGGAGCAUUUCAUCCAGACCCUGAACAACCACAACAUCGGCCCCAAGCAGUAUCCAGAAUUUAAGCAGACCGCUUCAUUAUUCUGCCAGAAGCUUCGAGAAGAUCCCAGAACACUACUCGGCGUGACACAAGCGACGGGGUCCCUUAUAGAAUCCAUAGACACAGUGUUUGGUUACCUGUUCCGCAGCGAUGGUAAAUAUACCGCGGACUUUACUCCAGCGCUGGUGAAGACUGUCGUCAUGGAGAAUUCUUAUGAGGCGGGGCUGUGGAGGCGGACCAACUAUGCUCAGAAGGUAGCCAAAGAGACGCUAGAGCUCCGUCUCAUGUGCAUGAACUCCGGCAUCGUGUUCGAGGGCCUGAAGGCGGCUCGCUGCAUCAUCCUCGCGUCGGGGACCUUGACCCCGCUACUCAGCUUGUACUCCGAGUUAGCCACAGAUUUCCCGCUCAAAGUCAGCCCCAACCAUGUCAUACCGAAGGAAAGGGUGUGGGUGGGCACCCUAACCACCUGUCCAGAUGGUCAGCCCCUCCAAUGUAAGAGUACCGACACGUCUCAAGUGGCGGUGCAGGAUGCACUGGGCGCGGCCGUCACAUGGGUGUGCAGAGUGACCCCGCAUGGCGUGCUGUGCUUCCUACCUUCGUACAGAUUGAUGGAUCAGCUCGUUAAAAGGUGGCGUGAGAACGGCACGUGGGACAAGCUACGCCAGUUGAAAAAUGUUUUCAUGGAGAGUAGGAACGUAAAGGACCACAACGAGGUUAUGGAGGAUUAUUACAAUAGCGUGGAGACGGACAAGGGCGCCAUUUUGUUCGCCGUGUUCCGCGGGAAGGUAUCGGAGGGUAUGGAUUUCAAGGAUCAGCAGGCCAGAGCUGUGAUCACGGUGGGCAUCCCGUACCCGAACAUGUACGACCGAGCAGUGCAGGCUAAAGUGAACUAUAACGACAAGUUCUCGAAGACCAGGGACCUGUUGCCGAGGAGCGAGUGGCUUCUGGUGCAGGCUUAUAGAGCCCUGAACCAAGCAGUGGGGCGCUGCGUGCGGCACCGCGGCGACUGGGGCGCCGUGCUGCUGGUGGACGCGCGCUUCCGGGAGCCCCACUACACGCAGCACCUCUCGGGGUGGGUGCGCAACCUGCUGGGCAACAACCACUUCACAUUCAACGGUCUAGUCAACAGUGCCAACAGUCUGGAAUCCUUCAUGCAGAACAUGACUCUAGGAGAAAUCGAGGACAUCUGAUAGCAUACCCAUUUUUGUUCGCAUCUUUCUAUCGCUCUUAUAAACGGAGAACAGUGGGCCAUGUAGAAUAGUAUAUAGACUUACAUAAGUUAAGGUAUUUUCUAUGUGACCCACUGUACACCGAAAAGUAUACCUACAACCAUCUGCAACGAAAAGUACAACAUCGGAAUUGGCCCAUAAAGGUCUGUUGCCUUAGGGACCAGAUAUAUUCUUUUGACAGCACUAUGCCUCGUAUGAAGUAUAACGUCCACGUUCACUUAACUGAAAUUUUAUUAACAUAAUUUAAAAACAAAUAAGUAACUAAUGUCAUGUAAUGGUUAUUCCGAAAUAGUCAAUAAGAGGCAGUGUUAUUUUAAAGAACAAAUAAAUAUAAACUUGCGUCGCUGUGAUGAAAAGCGUCUCAAGAUUGAUCGUAUGUAGUACCAGCUUACCGACCAAUGUCCAACCUAAGAUUGCAAAGUUGAUACGAAACGGAAGGAAGGUACGGACAAGAGAACAUAUCUGGACGCACCUUUAGGAGCUCUCUUCUAGUCAACCGACAAGCAAUUAAAUUACUAAAUUGUAUCGUUACAAUCGGAAUUUUAUACUAUCACAAUUGAUUUUUCCCGAAAGUCUCAAUUUUUCGGUCAAAUCUUUGUUGCCGCAUAAUAUUAAUUUGAAAAAAUGCAAUUGGACACAUAACUUUUAAAUUAUGCCUGUUUUAAUGUUUUUUAUCGCCAAUUUUACUUUGUUGCCGUGUCGUGUGACGUUAUUCUAAUACUAAGUUUUAAUCUAUUUUAUGCGUGCUCAAUUUAUAUUUAAGCGUUAUUUUUUGUUGUAUAAUAUAAUCAAUUAUGAUAAGUUAAUGAGGAUUAUUUGCAAUAUGGCAAGAAUCUGUUGUACGUUUGUACAGAACUACCACUACCGUACCUACCGUAAAAUAAAAAUGCAAAAACAAAAUGUUUCAGCUAUCUCGUUCACAAUACCGGACAGUUCAGUUCGCGGCUUUAAAUGGCGCGCUCUAAUAGGCUAAUGGGCUCAAAUAUUCCCCGCCACAAAAAAAUUUACUUCUGCUUAGAUGCAAGGGUGUAACUUGUAAAAGUGGUAAUUCUGUAAAAUGUAACAGCAAAAUUAGGAAAAAAUUACAAUUUAAUCUGUAUUUAAAUAGUUUGUAUUGAAAUUGUAUGUCGAGGGGAGUGCUUAUAGACGAGGCUUCUUAAAUAAUUGUUAAUUCACUUUGUGUUUUUGUUUGUGAUACGAUGUCUUAAGGGCUGUGCCAUUUGUAUUGUAUUUCAUUCCGUAAUACCACCCGGAUCUUAAGUCACCUUAGUCUGAAGAAAUUUAUCCUGCAGGAGGUGUUUACCAAAUAGUUUCGUUUUGUUGACUCAAAUUUUGGUGGCUUUAAGUUGACUCAAGAACCUGUCAACUUAUUUACUGCAUUUUUUAUAUUAAGAAUGUGUUUUUGAAGAAUUUUGAAGAAAAAAAUGUUACUAAAAGCAAGUUAUAGGUAUUAUGAGAUGAUACU